AUGACUGUUUACAUAGCUUCUCUGUUUCUCCCAUAUACAGUCAGCUUUCGACCACCAGAGCCUACUCAAGCCCUCCCUUCAAGCCCUCUGCCCAAGAAGCAGGUUCCUGAUUCCGUGCAAGCCACGCCCAACCCUGCAGUUAGCUUGUUUGAGAAGCGCAACGAGGCUUCCAAUGUUGGUCUAACUCCGGGUGCGACCACAGACCAUGAACGGAUCUUUACUUCCGACCCGAACAAGGCUGACCAGAGCCAGUCUGAAUACCCAUUCCCCAACCCAGUCACUGCUUACAACUAUGAACACUUGACCGAAAGUGAAGCCCAUUCACCUGCAUGGGGCGUCCGGACCGCUCUCAAUCAACCCAAGCCGCAGUCCGCUUUUUUGGCAUCUCCCUCAAUCCUCAGACACCAAGAGUCUUCCGCAGACACCCUGCCGAAAGUAGAUGGACCGUCAUCGGUGCCACCAGCAAAGCAUUCGAGGAGAUCUUCAGGGCGCAGCCACAACCGGAAACCCUCAUUCUCCGAGACGGAGUGGAAGAUCACAACUGCCGAACAGGGUAAUGGCGGUUUGCGGAAUGCCGUACGGGCCGCGGCGGAGACUGGGCAGCUGGAAGACAAGGUCUGGGUGGGUACGCUGGGUAUGCCGACCGACGCAUUGUCCGAGUCAACGAAGGCGAUGAUCUCUGAGAAGCUAGAGGGUGAAUACGAUUGCUUGACGGUCGAUGUCAACGACAGUGAUUUUGACGGUCAUUAUACCCAUUUCUGCAAAACAAUCCUCUGGCCGGUAUUCCACUAUCAGAUCCCCGACAACCCGAAGAGCAAAGCCUAUGAGGACCAUUCGUGGGUUUACUAUGUCAAGCUGAACCAGGUCUUUGCGGAGCGCAUUGCCCGAAACUGGAGACGGGGUGAUACCAUCUGGGUUCAAGAUUAUCACUUGCUCCUUGUUCCGGCGAUGCUGCGAAAACUACUCCCAGAUGCGCAGAUCGGAUUCUUCCUCCACGUUGCUUUCCCAUCGUCUGAGGUGUUCCGGUGCUUGGCGCCACGCAAGGAGCUUCUUGAGGGUAUGCUUGGGGCGAACCUGGUCGGAUUCCAGACGGAAGAAUAUUGUCGUCAUUUCCUACAGACCUGCAGUCGAAUUCUCAGUGUUGAGGCUACAAACGAUGGUCUCCAGCUGGAGGACCGAUUCGUGAAUGUGACCAAGUUCCCGAUCGGUAUUGAUCCGCUCUCGUGGGACAAGCGCCGCAAGGCAGCAGACGUUGAGCAGUGGAUUAAGACGAUUUCCGACCGCUAUGCCGGUAAAAGGCUCAUUGUGGCUCGCGACAAGAUUGAUCAGGUGCGCGGCAUUCGGCAGAAGCUGCUGAGUUAUGAGCUCUUCCUCAACACCCACCCGGAAUGGCGCGAAAAGGUAGUCUUGAUCCAGGUGGCUACCAGCACGACGGAACAGCCGGAGCUAGAAGCUAUGAUCUCUGACAUUGUCAUGCGCAUCAAUUCCACACACUCGACGCUUGCGCAUCAGCCUCUAGUGUUCCUGAAGCAAGACCUUGCCUUCCCGCAAUACCUUGCUUUGAUUUCUGUGGCAGAUGCGAUGAUGAUUACCAGUCUGCGUGAAGGUAUGAAUCUUACAAGCCACGAGUUUGUUUACUGUCAGGACGGGAAGUAUGGCGCUCAGAAGUACGGAUCACUCAUUCUCAGCGAAUUCACCGGUAGUGCAUCCGUGUUCGGCAACCAUGCCCUACUAGUUAACCCGUGGGACUACCACCAGUGCGCGGAUGCGAUUAACACGGCUCUCUCUCGCAGCGAAGACGAGCGCCAGCGUGUGUGGAAACAGCUGCAUCAAGCAGUGCUCCAAAACUCCACAUCUAACUGGGUUAAAUCAUUCAGUGAGACAUUAAGCCGCGUCUGGCACGAGCAGUCAUCCCGUGAGAUCAUGGCUGUUCCGAGACUCUCCAUGAACAAACUUGAAGACAGGUACCGCCAGGCAAACCGGCGGCUCAUAAUCUUGGAUUAUGAGGGCACGCUUGCUUCUUGGGGAUCUCCCAAGAGCAUCAUCGUCACUACCCCGCAACGGGCCAUCACGACGCUGGCGGACCUGACUGAGGACCCGAGGAAUGUGGUUUAUGUAAUGAGCGCGCGGAUGCCCGAGGAGCUAGAACGGCUUUUCCGAAUGGUUUCUGGACUGGGUUUGAUUGCAGAGAAUGGAUGCUUCGUUCGCGAGCCAUACUCGGAGACGUGGUCGAAGUUGACGAAUAAGGAUCAGACUGACGCCUGGAAGACGGCCGUGAAGCAAAUGCUUGAGUAUUACCAGCAGCGUGCGGAAGGAAGUUGGGUUGAGCAGCGGCACUGCUCUCUUGUCUUCCACUACGAAGCGGCUGAGGACCAGCCGGCGGCGUGCCGUUUGGCGUCCGAGUGUGCAGACCACAUCAACGACGCUUGUGCCAACCAAGGCGUGCACGCUGUCUUAGUCGACGGGCUACUCGUCGUUGAGCCGACUAACACGAACAAGGCCUCGGCAACGGAACUGGUCUGGCGGUCUUGUAUGAAGCAGCAAGACAACGCCGGCCGGCCAGACUUCUUGCUUGCAAUCGGUGACAGCCGUGAUGACGAGCCCGUCUUCCGGUGGGCCAACAAGCUAGAGAGCGCGCACGCAGUCAGUUAUGCCAUGACGGUUACGCUCGGCUCGAGAAGUACGGAAGCGCGGGCUACAUUGACGCAAGGAGUUGCUGGAGUUUUGACUUCUCUCGAGAGACUGGCGAAAACAUCUGCUAAUCAAGGUGUUUCGAGGUAG